CGGGGCCCCGCACUGACGGCCCAUGGCGCCGCCCGCCGCCCGCCUCGCCCUGCUCUCCGCCGCCGCGCUCACCCUGGCAGUCCGGCCCGCGCCCAGCCCCGGCCUCGGCCCGGGACCCGAAUGUUUCACGGCCAAUGGUGCAGAUUAUAGGGGAACGCAGAACUGGACGGCAAUACAAGGUGGGAAGCCAUGCCUGUUUUGGAACGAGACUUUCCAGCAUCCAUACAACACUCUGAAAUACCCCAAUGGGGAGGGGGGUCUCGGCGAGCAUAACUACUGCAGAAAUCCAGAUGGAGAUGUGAGCCCCUGGUGCUAUGUGGCAGAGCAUGAGGACGGAGUCUACUGGAAGUACUGCGAGAUUCCCGCUUGUCAGAUGCCUGGAAAUCUUGGCUGCUACAAGGAUCAUGGAAACCCACCUCCUCUAACGGGCGCCAGUAAAACAUCUAACAAACUUACCAUACAAACCUGCAUCAGUUUUUGUCGGAGUCAGAGGUUCAAGUUUGCCGGGAUGGAGUCGGGCUAUGCUUGCUUCUGUGGAAAUAAUCCUGAUUACUGGAAGUACGGGGAGGCAGCCAGCACCGAGUGCAACAGCGUCUGCUUCGGGGAUCACACCCAGCCCUGUGGUGGCGACGGCAGGAUCAUCCUCUUUGACACUCUCGUUGGCGCCUGCGGAGGGAACUACUCGGCUACGACCUCCGUGGUAUAUUCCCCUGACUUUCCCGACACCUACGCCACAGGCAGGGUCUGCUACUGGACCAUCCGGGUGCCGGGAGCCUCUCACAUACGCUUCAGCUUCACCUUGUUUGACAUCAGGGAUUCUGCUGACAUGGUGGAGCUGCUGGAUGGCUACACCCACCGCGUCCUGGUCCGUUUCAAUGGGAGGAACCGCCCACCUCUGUCCUUUAACGUCUCUCUGGAUUUUGUCAUUUUGUACUUCUUCUCUGAUCGCAUCAAUCAGGCCCAGGGAUUUGCUGUCUUAUACCAAGCCGUCAAAGAAGAGGCGCCACAGGAGAGGCCCACUGCCAACCAGACGCUGGCCGAGGUGAUCACGGAGCAGGCCAACCUCAGCGUCAGCGCAGCCCGGUCCUCUAAAGUCCUCUACGUCAUCACCACCAGCCCCAGCCACCCACCCCAGACCAUCCCAGGUAGAUGGACAGUGUACGGCCUGGCAACUCUCCUCAUCCUUACGGUCACAGCCGUCGUAGCAAAGAUACUUCUGCACGUCACAUUCAAAUCCCAUCGUGUUCCUGCCUCAGGGGACCUUAGGGAUUGUCAUCAACCAGGGACGUCGGGGGAAAUCUGGAGCAUUUUUUAUAAACCCUCUACUUCGAUUUCCAUCUUUAAGAAGAAGCUCAAGGGUCAGAGUCAACAAGAUGACCGUAAUCCUCUUGUGAGUGACUAAAAGCUGCCCACUCCGUGCCCAGGACACGAGGUCCCUCUGAGCUCAAGGCCACUGGGGACCCGUGGUUUCCUCAGACCGACUCUCCCUGCUUCUCCCUCAGCCUCUGGCAGCCUCUGCAAGAGCGCCGUCCUACGGGCUGGGAAGGGACGUCCUGCUGCAGAGCAGGCCUAGCCUGGACUCCCCCUGCUUCAUCGCUGCACUUAGGAGAGAGAGACCCAAAGUCCAGGGUCUAGGCCCUCCCUGUGCUUCUCUCUCUCUCUCUCAUCUAGAAUGGGGGUGUCGGGACAGGGGCUGAGAAUGCAGAGAUAGUUGUGUCUGGCACUGGGCUCAGGUACCUUUUAGAUGACUGUAGGGUGGUGGGUAGUUAUAGUAUAUGCUGAGUCUUGCUCGCUUAUUUUCUAUUUUGUCCACACAGAUCACUUUCUCCUGGUCUUUAUGGGAGGAUUCUGAGGUUCUCUUGGGGGUCGGCCUGGUCCUAGAUUCCUGGGCAUUAGCACCCGAAAGCAUAAAGAGGGCCCAUACUCUGUGCUGACUCUGGGGCUUUGCUCUCUGGGUGCUGGAUGAGGGUGGGCCUCCUCUAACCUGGGAGAGCGUGGGAAUUGACCCCCCAACAUAUCAAGCCUGCACCCUGCCACACAUGGGCUUCUUUUCAAAGUUUGUUGAUCGCAGAGCAAGCCACACAACAGACUUUCCUGAAAGCUUCUAUAGGCUCAGUGACUCCUUAUUAUAUGGGGUUGCCCGGCCUUGCCCCUGCGCAGCUCAUGGUCGUAUGGAACCUGAGCUGGGCCUGUCUCUCCAUGAUUCUCCAACUCCCCGUUCAGAACAGGGAGUAUAAAGGUUGUGGCUUAGCCAUGAGGCAGCAUUAAGUGGGACACAGGUGUCAGCAGUCUCUCCUGCAGGCAUCACUUAUUUUAAAAGAUGACAAACCAUCCCGCGGCCUGUGCUCUCUGUGGUCCCCUCCUCCCCUUUGUCAAUGGGGACCCAAUGUGGUCUGGAAUAGCUCAGUGGGGAGGGGGAGGGCCCUUUUCCCUAGCCCCACACUGCCCUGCCCUUCAGAUGGGGAAGAGAGUCUCAGAGAGUGGCAUGAGGGCAGAGAGUGAGGUUUCGGGAACUGGAGACCCCCGAGUUUAGGCCUCCCAAGAUGGAGAGCUGCAGCUGCAGUGGCUGCUGGUCGGGAGGAAGAGCUGUCCCCCAUUUAGAAGUCCCCAUCAGCCAAAAUAGGAUUUGUCAACAGCCGCUGAGAAGAGCCGCCGGGGCCUCGAAGGCCAGUCCUGGGCCUUCGUCAGAGCACGACUCUCCCAGAGGCACCUGGGCACUUGGGCCUUGGAAACCACAGGUUUCCGCCUUAGAGCACUUUGCCUGCCUCCCCCAGAUCCCUCAGCUACUGCCUGCUGCGGCUUUCUCUGGGGUUCUGCCAUGCUGGAGACCUGUGUGCACCUGGCUGCUCCCGGAAACACAGAGGACCAUGUGGGGCCAGCGGGGAGGGGUCUCCCAUGAGAGGUGACAUGCGGCAACCAGGGGAGAUGCUGGGAGCUGGCAGGCAGAGGGGCACAAGAGAGGGGCAAUGGGACAGCGUGUCCAUGGGAGGGCAGGGGCGCUGCCCGAGCCACCGUGGGAGGCCUGCUGCGGGCUCAGAGCCGCUGGGUGCCGUCUUCACGCUUUGAUCUGGAAAGGGUGAUUACCCCGGAGCAGCUGUCCACGGGCCGCGGGUCUGCAUACAGAGGCCUGUCCCACACGACUGGAAAUACGCUGACAUGUGCUGUCUCCCCUUCACGCUAUUCCCGGCUGUUGCGGAAUCUCCUCUGAACCAAGUGUCAGGUGCGUGCAGUCACAAAGGGCCUGUGCCCUGAAUAGAUCCAUUCACAGC